AUGUCGCUAUCCUGCCAUUCCGCAGCACGAAGCUGCGUCCGCUCUCUGCGCUCCCAACCCUGCCUACGAAUCCCCGCCGCCGCUGCCGUGGCACAACGGAGGAGUACGCCCGCGAGACGAUGGCAAACGACCGAAGCGGCGGCUACGAACCCCAAGAUUUCGGGUAUUGUAGACCAGAUCAGUCAAUUGACGCUGUUAGAGACUGCGGAUUUAGUUGCGAGCUUGAAGUCUCGACUCAAUAUCCCGGAUAUGCCAAUGGGAGGAUUCGCCGCUGGCCCCGCUGCGCCUGCUGCUGCGGCUCCUGUUGAGGAGGAGGAGGCUGCCCCUGUGCAGCAAGAGAAGACGCUUUUCAACCUGAAGCUGGUGUCGUUCGAGGCGGGCUCCAAGCCGAAGAUCAUUAAGGAGGUGAAGAGCAUGUUGGGACUGAGUUUGGUGGAUAGUAAGAAGUUUGUGGAGAGCGCGCCGAAGUUGAUGAAAGAGGGUGUGCCAAAAGAGGAGGCCGAGAAGAUUGUGGCUACGUUGAAGGAGCUGGGGGCCGUGGUUACGAUGGACUAA